AUGUGCCUAUUUCUAAAUUUACACAGGCAAAGCAUGGUACCAUGUGAAGCAGAACUGUCAAUCCUGAAGUUAUCUUCAAAUACAAGUAUAACUAGAAAGUUCUGGUCCGAUUCACAUUGGCUUAAAACAGGACCCAUAUUUGUUGGUGGUUUGCCUCAUCGUUACACAACAAAACAGAUUUCUGGACCUGUCUACAAUUUCACUGGCUGUAUACAAGUUAUAGAAAUCAAUAAUGCGGGACCUUUCAGAUUCUCUGAUGCUGUGGAAAGAAAUAAUGUUGACGAUUGCAGAAUUCCUGUGCCCACACAUCUCUCAACAGCAUUCCCUGUGGUUUCUUCUGAUGUGCCUCAGUUGCCUGAACCUGUUGUGUCCUCUCAGAUUUCCUCUGAAUUGCCAUCUGUAUGCCAGGAAGGACUGUGCCAUAAUGGAGGGACUUGUCAUCCUCUCUCUCUGCCUACUGGGGCCACCUCGUUUCGGUGUGACUGCCCACUACACUUCACUGGUCGAUUUUGUGAAAAAGACACAACGCUGUUUUUUCCAUCCUUCACUGGAAAUUCUUAUUUAGAGCUACCUUCUCUGACAUCUGUAUCUGAGACCAGGACUGCAUCUGGGCAGGAAACAAGCAAUCUGACGACUCUGUACUUGACAGUGAAAACAACCUCUCUAAAUGGCACAAUCCUUUACACUAGUGAAAGGAAUUUUGGAGAACAGUUUCUUCACUUGUAUCUUGUGGAAGGAAAACCAACCGUUCGAUUCAGCUGUGGAAACUCUCAGAACAUUCUGACUGUAUCCAUCAACCAGUCUAUUAGCAAGGGUAUACUUGUCCCUAUCACAGUAAGCUACGUGUUGCCUGUGAGCAGUCCUGAAGGUUACUGUCUGAUUGAAAUGGCUGCAGAUGGAAAUCCUCCUGUACAGCACAGACUCUCUUUCUCACCUCAAGCAUCUCAGAUCACCUUUGGAUCAAUCUUCCUUGGAAAUGUUCCUGUUCAUGAAGAGGUUCAUCGAUGCGCUGGGCCGAUACAUGGCUAUAAAGGAUGCAUUAGGGAUUUUCAAGUUAACCACAAAGAGUUGUUCAUCAUAGAUGAGGCUCUUGGAGGGAGGAAUGUUGAGAACUGCAAUGUUCCAAUAUGUGAUUAUCAUCCAUGUCACAAUGGUGGAACCUGCACUAGUGAUGCAGAAAAUUGGUAUUGUGAAUGCCCUAAACUCUACACAGGAAAACUUUGCCAGUUUGUGACUUGUGAUGAAAAUCCAUGUGGAAAUGGUGCUACGUGUUUUCCAAAGUCCAAUCGAGAUGCUGUUUGCUUGUGUCCAUAUGGAAGAUCUGGCAUCCUCUGCAGUGAAGCUAUUAAUAUUACUCAACCAAGUUUCAGUGGUACAGAUGUCUUUGGCUAUACCUCAUUCCUAGCUUAUUCUACAAUCCCAAAUAUCACCUUCUACUAUGAAUUUCGCUUGAAAUUUCAGUUGGCAAACCAUGACUCAGCUUUACAAGACAACCUGAUUUUUUUCACUGGACAGAAGGGCCAAGGUCUGAAUGGAGAUGAUUUCUUGGAGUUAGGCCUCCGUAAUGGGAGAGUGGUAUAUAGCUACAAUCUAGGUUCUGGCACAGCAACGAUCAUCAGCAAGGCACUUGAUCUGACACUCCAUAUUCAUGUCAUCCAUCUUGGCAGAAAUCUCCAAAAAGGCUGGCUGAAGGUGGAUGAUCAGAAGAAUAAAACUGUCACUUCUCCUGGGAGGCUGGUUGGACUCAAUGUCUUCAGUCAGUUUUAUUUAGGAGGUUAUCGCGAGUAUACUCCAGAACUCCUACCAAAGGGACCCAGAUUUAAGAAUGGCUUUCAAGGUUGCAUUUUUGAUGUUCAAGUUCGUACAAGCAUCAAUCAAGGGUUUAAAUCACCAGGCACUCCAGAAGGACACCCCAAUUCUGGUCGCAAUGUUGGACAAUGUAAAGAUUCCCCAUGCAGUUUAAUAAAAUGCAGAAAUGGUGGGAAGUGCAUAGAAAGCGGCUCUACUGUUUACUGUGACUGCCUCACUGGAUGGAAAGGUGCAUUUUGCACAGAAAUAGUGUCAGUAUGUGAACCUGAGCAUGAUCCUCCACAUCUGUGUAGGCAAGGUGGUACCUGUGUGCCACUGCCUAAUGGCUACACAUGUCACUGUCCUCUUGGAACAACUGGUACCUACUGUGAACAAGGUAUUUCCAUUAGUGAUCCAUCUUUCAGAAGUAAUGAAUCAUCAUGGAUGUCAUUUGCACCCUUUUAUAUUCGCCAUAAGACCCAUAUCAAACUACAGUUUCAGACUCUAUCUCCAGAUGGUAUCCUGUUUUACACUGCACAGCAGUUGGGUACUCAGUCAGGUGACUUUCUAUGUAUAUCAUUAGUAAAUGGAUUUACACAGUUACGCUACAAUCUCGGAGACAAGACAGUCAUCCUACAGGCCCUUCAGAAGGUCCGUGCAAAUGGAAAUACAUGGCACUUACUCAAAGCAGGAAGAGUUGGCAAUGAAGGCUACCUGGACCUGGAUGGUAUCAACAUUACUCAAAAAGCUAGUCCUGGAAUGAAUGUACUAGACACACACACAGAUUUUUUUGUUGGAGGGGUGUCUUCCUUAAACCUUGUUAAUUCAAUGGCAGUAGAAAAUGAACCCAUAGGUUUCACUGGUUGCAUUCGAGAAAUUGUUAUAAACAACAGGGAACUGAAGCUUACUGCGACUGAUCCCAAAGACGGAGCCAAUGUUGGUGACUGUGACGGAACAGUUUGUGGGUACUCAGUGUGCAAAAAUAACGCAACAUGUCAAGUUGAAAGCUCAGGCUUUUCUUGUUCUUGCCCACACGAGUGGACAGGGACCACAUGCGAACAAUCUGUUCACUGUUCACAAAACAUGUGUGGGUCUCAAGCGCUCUGUAUUCCUCAACCUUCUUCAUUUUCAUACACCUGUGUAUGUGCACUAGGCUGGUCAGGUAAGUACUGUGAUAGAAAAAUCAAAUUUUACAUAGCAAAGUUUGUUGGCAACUCCUACAUUAAAUACACAGAUUCUUAUUACAGAAAAAGAGACCUCUGGUACAGCCGCAUUUCUUUAAAUUUUACUACCAAUCAAACUGAAGGCUUAAUAGCAUGGAUAGGCAAAAGUGAAGAUGAAGAUAAUGACUUCCUUGCCAUUGGUAUUGCCAAUGCAACAUUAAAAGUUGUGGUUAAUCUUGGAGAAAGAAUCUCUGUUCCUCUAAUGCACAGAAAAUACUUAACCUGCUGUGACGGAAGAUGGCAUUUUGUUACUGUAGUUCAAAACCAAACCUGUAUUAAGGUAUAUCUUGAUGAGGAGCUAAUUCUUUUUGAAGACAUUGAUCCACAAAGAAAAUACACUGCUUUAAACUAUGGUGGCAUUUGUUAUUUUGGUGGGUUUGAAAUUGGCAGGAAAGUCAAUGUAGUCACUACAGGGCUUUUUCAGAAGGAAUUCAUUGGUAAAAUUAAAGAUGUUGUGCUCUUCCAAGAUUCCAAGAAGAUUCAGCUAAUGAAUGCAGAAGGGUACAAUGUUUAUGAUGGAAAUUCUGGAAAUUAAUUGAAAAAAUGUUCAAGACUCUGUAAAAGUGAUAAACUUCCUUUUCCUCCUGUUUCUUGUGUUAGUUGGCAGUGUAAUACUCAGAAACCAACAGAAGAAAGCUUUUCAUUAAGAAAAAAAAGUAAUUAGGGACAAUUUUAUGUUGAGUAUUAAUAGAUAUAAGACAUGUUUUACUCCUAAAAUUACUUACUUAUACUCUUUAGUAUUUACUUUAAAUAAUGGGAUUUUUUAUUUAUUGUGCUGGAAAUAGUUUUGUCAACAAAUAGAUAGUAAUUAGCUUAUAAAGACAACCAUCAUUCAAGUAUUGUUUGUUGCUUUAUGAGAACAGACAACUGUUAACCUGUUUCUCCAACUCUCAAAUUUUAUUAGUGUUUCUCUUAUAAUUUUAUAAUAUUAAGGUCAAGUGUAAAAACUGAAAUUGGGGAAGGGAAGAAAAGGUGUAUUUGGGGCAAAAAGUACAUAUCUAUUGUAAUCAGAAUUAUUUAAAUCAUAACAGCCGUAAUUACUUGUUAAGCCCACAAAGAUCCUAAUUAGGUAAUGAAGUUCUCCCUCCCUUCUGAGUCUCUGUCCAUCCUGUAUGCAUUUAUGUAAAGCAGUAGAGCUUAGCAUGAACACAGGCUUAAAAUAUUACACUCAAAGAAUGAUUUUAAGAGCAGAAAAGGUAUUUCACUUAAGAGAGAUAAAAAAGGUCUGCUGGUUUUCUCCAGCAGAGGUCUCCCCCUAUUUGACUACAUGAAAACUUUUUGCUUUAACAAUUCACAACCGGAAUGUGGGAAUGUGGCAUUCUGUCUACAAGUAACUUCUAUUCUUAAGAGCUUAAAAAUCAGAAAGUCCAAGAACUGCUUUGCUUUAGCUACACCUUUCUGGCUUAUAUGCCCAUAAAUAAGAUAUCAAAAUUUUACUAGACAAAGGUUUUGGUCAUAACAAACUGAAUUUCCCUGACUAUAUCUUUCAUUAAUUCAUAAUAUCAAAAGUAAAUAGAGCUCUUGAUCUAUAAAUGCAAAAAUUAUAUUCCCUCUGAAAAAGUUCAGUUAUAUUCUGCUUCAGGAAGCAACAAAAAAAAAUCCAGUUUAUUUUAAUGUGCUCAAACCAAUGAUUUAUCUACAUCUACAUUUCUCAUUUGACUGCUGGCUUACUAUAUAAAUAAAAGGCUUCAAUAAAAAUAA